GCGAUUUGACCGUAGGGCACACACCAUCCAUUUUCCUUAUCCAAGUCGACUGAAGGGUCAGUUUUCCUUCUUUCUCUUUUUCCAUAUUCCAUACCACAGUCCAGCACAACAACAAUGGCCCCCAAGCAGAAGACCGCUGCCGCUAAGGAAAACGUCACUCUCGGCCCUCUGGCCGGAGAUGGCAAGCUCGUUUUCGGCGUUGCUCGUAUCUUCGCCUCCUUCAACGAUACCUUCGUCCACGUUACCGAUCUGAGUGGUCGCGAAACCAUCUGCCGUGUCACCGGUGGUAUGAAGGUCAAGGCUGACCGUGACGAGUCUUCUCCCUACGCUGCCAUGUUGGCUGCCCAGGAUGUUGCUGCCCGUUGCAAGGAGCUCGGUAUCAACGCUCUCCACAUCAAGAUCCGUGCUACCGGUGGUAACGGUACCAAGACCCCCGGUCCUGGUGCUCAGUCCGCUCUCCGUGCUCUUGCCCGUUCUGGCAUGAGAAUCGGCCGCAUUGAGGACGUCACACCCACCCCCUCCGACUCUACUCGUCGCAAGGGUGGUCGCCGUGGUCGUCGUCUGUAGGUAUGUGCGGGUACGUCUUCUCCAAAUUGGGCAAGCUUUUUGCUUGGCUGGAUGGGAGGCUACCAGCAGAGUACUCUGCCUGCGGAUGUGGAUGGAAUAAACGCGAAGAACGGCUAUUAUCGCCUGGUCUUCAAUUUUUUCAUAUCCAAAAAGUUUCUAUUCGGUUUUGGGCAUAAGUAGUCUCUGAAACAGCAGCUACCUCGUCAAUAUACCUCAACUAGAACCGUCUGUC